AUGGCCUCCUCGGUGCGGCCCGCCGUCCUGGCUGCCACUGUGCUGGUGCUGUUCCUGCUGCUGUGUGUGGGCCCACGCGCCACGCGUGGAAAUACACUCAAGCUGAUGCUUCAGAAGCGGGAAGCGUCCGCUCCAAAGAAAACCGACGUGGCUGUGGCUGAGAGCACGGCUAAAAGCUUCCUAGGCAGCCUGAGGCGCCAGCGCCGGCAGCUGUGGGACCGGACCCGGCCGGAGGUGCAGCAGUGGUACCAGCAGUUCCUCUACAUGGGCUUCGACGAGGCGAAAUUUGAAGACGAUGUCUCCUAUUGGCAGAGCAGAGGCCGGAACGGACACGACUACUACGAUGACCACCACCGUCACUACGAUGAAGACGCCGCCAUCGGUCCCCGGAGCCCCGACAGCUUCCGGCACGGAGCCAGCGUCAACUACGACGACUACUAA